GGAAUGUAGCCCGGAUGGCGGCUGACGUCAGAGAGCGGCAGAGCAGGCGGGAGUUUCUCCCUGAGAGCAUCACCACCUCGUCCCGGGUCACAGCGGCGGCAGAGCCGGGCGUCCAUGAAGUCUCCCUCCGAUCCUUAGAACCGUCCUCCGUCCAACGUUUAUUAUUAUUUUUUUUAAUAUUUUUUUUUUUACUUUGUGUGUGGUAGAAGAUGAAGAACGAAAUUUCCGCAGUUGUAUUUUUUCUCUCGAGGCUUCUGAAAAAUAAUAAAAAGUUACACAAGGAAGAGAUUGAGAUGUUUUCUGAAGAACUAGGCAGAAUCCUGCGCAACAAGUACAUCGAUCACUGGUACCCGGAAACGCCAACGAAAGGACAAGCGUACAGAUGCAUCCGUGUAAACCGAUGUCAGGGUGUGGAUCCAGAUCUCCAGAAAGCUUGUUUCAGCAGUGGACUUCUGUAUGAAGAUUUAGGAUUGCCUCUGGAGAUGACCUUGUGGGUAGACCCCUGUGAAGUGUGUUGUAGGUAUGGAGAGAAGAACCCUUCAUUUGUGGUGGCAAGCUUCGAAAGUAAAGAAGAUAAGACAGAGAUCUCUCAGAAAGUGAACCACGCCAUGGAGAAAGUUACUUCAGAUUACCACUCGGGCUCCUCCUCAGAUGAUGAAGUCUAUGUGAAUAAGAUGAUUUAUAACCCUCCACCCAUGCUCCGUACCGGCGCGUAUCAUCAGGUGCCAGAAUUCAGACCUCAACCAAUUCCUCCCUGGAACAAGAACCCAAAGAAAAGGCAAAGUGCCCAUUACCACUACCAGCAGCGCUUUGCCCCCAGCUACCAGCAGGGAAGAAACAAGGCUUACGGUCACGCGCCAUGGUUGCAGCCAGUCAUGCAGACCGAGCGGAACCACUGGCCCAGCGUGCAUAUGUUGGGGGCCGGGCACCAGUGCUUAGUCUAAGUGAUCAGUAUCUCUAAACUUCUACGUCCAAAACUAAUGCUGGACCAAAUCAUAGGAGCCUCUCUUUUCUAUUAGAUUUUUUUUUUUUUAUGGUUAUUUAACUCAAACUUUGUUGCACUUUUUGUACAUUUUCCUAGUAAUUUCGGAAACACUUUUUUGAGGAUAGGGUUAAUAGUUAAGUGCCUAAGUAUUUUUUAAUAUUUAUAUAUUACGACUUGCACAAAAUCAUGUUAAUCAUUUGCUAUUCUGAACUUUUCAGUACCAAAUGUAUUUAUUUGCAAAUCUCAAUUUGAUAUUUUAUGUAUUAAACUAAUAAAUGAUCUUUUAUUAAUAUAAUAAUGUAUUACAGCAGAGGAACAGCUUCCAUUGUAAUGAUGAUGGACCGAUGUUACUUGUAAUAAUGCAAUGAAAAUGUUACUAAAAUAAUAAUAA